CUGCAUGGGGACACGGCGGCCGGUUUUUGCGUCUCACCUGAGGAGCGGGGCCGGAGCGCGUCGCGCCUCUUAACGCCCGCGGCUGCCCGCGCCGGGGUCAUAACGAGGCAGGAGCGGAGCGGCCCGGCUAGGGUAGGGCUCGCCGGCUGCCUUCCCGUCACUUUGGAAUGAGCGGGGCUGCGUUCCCGUCGCCGGCUGCCGAGAUGGCCGAGAUGAACCGCCUGCAGUACGAGAUGGAGUACACCGAGGGCAUCAGCCAGCGCAUGAGGGUCCCAGAGAAACUCAAAGUAGCUCCUCCAAACGCUGACCUGGAUAAGGGUGUCCAGGAAGGAUUGCCAAAUGCCAGUGUGACUAUGCAGGUUCCUGAGCGGAUUGUAGUGGCAGGUAAUAGUGAAGACAUUCCAUUUCCCAGACCAUCAGACCUUGACAUCCUUCAGUCUACUCCAUUCAAACCACUGGCAUUGAAAACUCCUCCCCGUGUUAUUUCUCUUAGUGAUCGACCGCUAGAUUUUUUGGACCUAGAAAAACCUCCUCAGCAGACACCUCAGACUGAAGAGGUUCGCUCAGUGGGGAGACUGAAGAGGGAGCGUUCCAUGAGCGAGAACGCCACGCGACAGAACGGCCAGCUGGCCCGCAACGACUCGCUGUGGCACAGAUCAGAUACUGUCCCAAGAAAUAAAAUGCCACGGUUCAAGUCACCUCUUUCGACUCAAGAUUGCACUGUGACACCAUCACUGCAACAGGCUCGUGUCUGUCCUCCCAAUAUGUCACCUGAAGACGGGAUUAAUCUUUACUCUGCUCGUGGCAUUUUGUCGUUUAUCCAGUCUUCCACUCGUAGGGCUUACCAGCAGGUCUUGGAUGUGCUGGAUGAAAACCGCAGGCCAGUGUUACGUGGUGGGUCAGCUGCUACCACUUCCUCUAACCCUCAUCAUGACAACACCAGAUAUGGUCUUUCCAACCUGGAUACAACGCUGGAGGGAACACCAGAUGACAUGACAGUUGUAGAUGCUGCUUCCUUACGACGACAGAUAAUCAAACUUAAUCGCCGUCUGCAGCUUCUGGAAGAAGAAAACAAAGAGCGUGCUAAAAGGGAAAUGGUCAUGUAUUCCAUCACCGUGGCUUUCUGGCUGCUCAACAGCUGGCUCUGGUUUCGGCGCUAGGCACCACUCUGGAGAAGAUUUCCUCCAUUCUCCCGAG